UUUCAGCUGCUGACCAGACAGCAACAUGGUGGCACCCAUGCUGGAGACGUCUCAUGUAUUUUGCUGCCCGAACCGGGUGCGGGGAGCCCUGAGCUGGAGCCCCGGGCCCGGAGGCCUUCUGGCCUUCGGCACGUCCUGUUCCGUGGUGCUCUAUGACCCUCAGAAAAGGGUUGUUGUCACCAACCUGAAUGGUCAUGCUGCUCGAGUCAAUUGCCUACAGUGGAUUUGUAAACAGGAUGGUUCUCCUUCAACUGAAUUAGUUUCUGGAGGAUCUGAUAAUCAAGUGAUUCACUGGGAAAUAGAGAAUAAUCAGCUUUUAAAAGCAGUCCAUGUCUACGGCCAUGAAGGACCUGUUUAUGCAGUGCAUGCCAUUUACCAGAGGAGGGCGCCAGACGUUGCAUCGCAGACACUGAUAGCGUCCGCAGCUUCCGAUUCUACUGUUCGAAUCUGGUCUAAACAGGGUUCUGAAGUGACAUGCCUUCAGACCUUGAACUUCGGAAAUGGAUUUGCUCUGGCUCUCUGCUUGUCUUUUUUGCCUAAUAUUGAUGUGCCAAUAUUAGCAUGUGGUGAUGAUGACUGCAAAAUUCACUUAUUUGUUCAACAAAACAAUCAGUUUCAGAAAAUGCUUUUUCUCUCUGGACAUGAGGAUUGGAUAAGAGGCGUGGAAUGGGCAGCCUUUGGAAGAGAUCUUUUCCUAGCAAGCUGUUCACAAGAUUGCCUGAUACGCAUGUGGAGACUGUAUGUAAAAUCAACAUCUUUAGAAACUCAGGAGGAUGAUAAUAUAAAACUGAAAGAAAAUACUUUUACUGUAGAAAAUGAAAGUAUUAAAAUAACAUUUGCGGUUACUCUGGAGACUGUACUGGCUGGUCAUGAAAACUGGGUAAAUGCAGUUCAUUGGCAGCCUUCAUUUUACAAAGAUGGUAUCCUACAACAGCCAGUGAGAUUGUUGUCUGCCUCAAUGGAUAAAACCAUGAUUCUCUGGGCUCCAGAUGAAGAGUCAGGAGUUUGGCUAGAACAGGUUCGAGUAGGAGAAGUGGGUGGCAAUACCCUGGGAUUUUAUGAUUGCCAGUUCAAUGAAGAUGGCUCCAUGAUCAUCGCUCACGCUUUCCACGGAGCGUUGCACCUAUGGAAACAGAAUGCUACCAACCCAAAAGAGUGGACUCCAGAGAUUGUUAUUUCAGGACACUUUGAUGGUGUCCAAGACCUAACGUGGGAUCCAGAAGGAGAAUUUAUCAUCACUGUUGGUACUGACCAGACAACUCGACUUUUUGCUCCUUGGAAGAGAAAAGACCAGUCAGAGGUGACUUGGCAUGAAAUUGCAAGGCCUCAGAUACAUGGAUAUGACCUUAAAUGUUUGGCAAUGAUCAAUAGGUUUCAGUUUGUGUCUGGAGCAGAUGAAAAAGUUCUUCGAGUAUUUUCUGCACCUCGGAAUUUUGUGGAAAAUUUUUGUGCCAUUACGGGUCAGUCACUGAAUCACAUGCUUUGUAAUCAAGACAGUGAUCUUCCAGAAGGAGCUACUGUCCCUGCUUUGGGAUUAUCCAAUAAAGCUGUCUUUCAGGGAGAUAUGGCUUCUCAGCAUUCUGAUGAAGAGGAGCUGUUAAAUAGUGCUGGUUUCGAGUAUCACCAGGUGGCCUUCCAACCCUCCUUACUUACUGAACCUCCCACUGAGGACCAUCUGCUGCAAAAUACUUUGUGGCCUGAAGUUCAAAAACUAUACGGACAUGGCUAUGAAAUAUUUUGUGUUGCUUGUAGCAAUUCAAAGACUCUGCUUGCCUCAGCUUGUAAGGCAGCCAAGAAAGAGCAUGCCGCCAUCAUUCUCUGGAACACUGCAUCUUGGAAGCAGGUGCAGAAUUUAAUCUUCCACAGUUUGACUGUCACACAGAUGGCCUUCUCUCCUGACGACAAGUUCUUACUAGCGGUUUCCAGAGAUCGGACCUGGUCACUGUGGAAGAGGCAGGACACAAUCCCACCUGAGUUAGACCCCAUCUUCAGCCUGUUUGCCUUCACUAACAAAGUCACUGCUGUGCAUAGCAGGAUUAUUUGGUCUUGUGAUUGGAGUCCGGAUGGCAAGUAUUUCUUCACUGGAAGUCGGGACAGAAAGGUGGUUGUCUGGGGUGAGUGCGACUCCAGCGAUGAUGCCAUCGAGCACAGCAUCGGGCCCUGCUCCUCCGUUCUGGACGUGGGUGGAGCUGUGACCGCCGUCAGCGUCUGCCCGGUGCUUAACCUUUCCCAACGAUACGUGGUUGCAGUAGGAUUAGAGUGUGGAAAGAUUUGUUUAUACUCCUGGAAAAAGACCGAUCAAGUUCCGGAAAUAAACGACUGGAUCCGCUGUGUAGAAACAAGUCAAAGCCAAAGUCAUACACUUGCUAUCAAAAAAUUAUGCUGGAAGAAUUGUAAUGGAAAGACUGAACAGAAUGAAGGAGAAGGUGCGGAAUGGUUACAGUUUGCAAGUUGUGGUGAAGAUCACACUGUGAAGAUACACAGAGUCGACAGAUGUGCGCUGUAGUGGACUUAGUGACUACAAGCGUAUACCCAUCAGUGUCUGUAUUUAUCAUGUAAAUGGAUAACCUUUCUUUACCUCAUACUUGUAUCGAGUUUCAUUUUUAAGCCUUAUGGCAGUAGUCCUUAUAUGAGUCUCAGACCCUCUGAAAUAUGAUGGAAGGUACAGACUCUUUUCUCAAAAUGUUUAUAUAUGCACCCACUCUCAGAACCUCGCCCAUGCUUUCAGGGAUUCAGACCUGCAUCUGUGUGUUUCUGGUUGAGAGCCUCUGUCCCUCCUUUCUUCAUGACCGAAUUUGCCUAAUUUUGUGUCAUUUUCAUCUGUUUUCAUAUGCUGCUGUUUGGGACAUUUUAUUAUUUACUGCCCUCUUCUGAGGGAGGACCUAAAAAAUAAAGAGAUA